UCCUCAACAUCCUUCACCGGCAACGGUCAGUUGUGACUUGGUGCUCAUCCGCGCCGCGCUUUACCAAUCAUGCUCGCCAGCGCGUUGAUGGUCACGAACGCAGGACAGCUCUGGUCUACACACUGUGCUCGACGCAGCCGUCGUCUAGCAGCGGCAUGGUGCGAAAGGGUCAACGCUCCAACGGCACACAAUCCCUUCCACUACCGACUGUGACAAGAUGCCGGCAUCACCGCGAGUGACGAUUACGUCUCCUCUUUCUCGCACGUCUUGAGUCUACGCACCCGAGUGACAUCUACGCUUACCAUCCAUCUAUUCAUUGGCCUCUCCGUACUCGCGCUGGGAAUAGGAGGCACCCACAUCGACAUCCAUCCGCACGCCUAAUCGACGACACGACCGCGCGAGAGAUGGGCAGCAAGAAGGCGAGGUGUUGUGGAGGAAUGCUUCUGGUGCUGUCGAUAGUCCUCGCGGUGGCAGCGCCGCACAUCGUCGCUCGUCCACUCAUCUCGACGCAGUCUGGCGGACGACGAGCUCAUCGCAACAGCGUCCGCGAUGCGCCGCGAGUCGAACCUUUACUGGAUGCGAGACAGCUGCUCGAUGGCUCCGACGUGCUCAACGCCACCUCGGGCGAGCAAGCAGACGGCGCUAUUCCCAUCUCAUCGGCUUCCGCACCGGGUCUAGACGCCCUCAUCGACGCAUAUGGACUCGACUCGCAAGCUUGGACGUGGGAUUUUCCUGCUCCCGUCGUGGAUCCAGUAGAGGCCGCUCUUGCCCCGUCGACGCUCAAAGCUGCAAUCAAGCGAGCAGAAGUGUCGUCCGAUGCUUCUGAAUGGCUGUCACAAAAUCUCAAUCUGUACUCGGGCAGGGUGCUCGUCGGCGCGCAGAACCUCGAGUUCGAAGCCCUGCCCGCCAACGCCAGCAACGCGACAACCGCUUCUCCCCGCGCCGCGCUCAAGGUCACUUACCCCAAAGGCUCUUAUGCCCCCAGCGCUGCCAAUAGCAAAAUGAAGACUGAGCGAAGGGACCCAAGCAUCUUUUUGGGUCUGCCGCGUAGAGCUGGAUCAGAUUCGAGCAGCGAAGACGCCCCGCUAGGCGGCACAUCGUUUUACGCGCAACCGUUCGCUCCAUCGCCAAACAGCACCGCAACCUUGCCGCAGUAUGUGACGUCCGCCAUGCAACAUUCCUCUGACCCGACCCGUCAGGUGCUGCUCCUGCGCUACACGGUUCACGUGCCCAUUGGCUUUGACUUUGUCAAGGGCGGCAAACUGCCUGGACUGUACUCUUCAGUCGGUAAGCUCGCAACUUCAAGCGAGGACAGCGCACCGCAAUGGGAUGCCAAUACGGACGGAUGCUCGGGCGGGAGUAGAGAUGGGGUGGGAGCUAGUUGCUGGAGCGUGAGAGCCAUGUGGAGGCAAGACGGCAAGGGCGAAGCUUAUGCGUACUUUCCAACCGAUGUGCUGAGCAGCAAGGAUGCAUCUGGUGAUGCAUAUGAUCCUUGUGGAAGGAACAAGGAGCUCUUGUGCAACGAUGAUUACGGCACGAGCAUGAACAGAGGAAGUUUCGAGCUCAAGGCUGGGUCCGCCACGUCCAUCACCCUCUUGGUGGUGCAGAAUUCUGCUCCUGAUCGAGCAAAUGGAGCAAUAUAUCUCUGGGCAGACUCCAAUCUAGCCAUCGCCGAGGAAGGACUAUUGCUUCGCACUGGAACGGUACCCACGGUCAAGACCGGAAAGGGCGGCGGAAGUGGAGGAGAAGCACAGAGUCAACCCGACGUCGAUGGAACCGCAAAGGCGCAGUGGGUGGACAAGAUCUUCUUUUCCUCCUUCUUUGGUGGCUCCACUGCAGACUAUGCAGCGACGUCUGACAGCGCACUCUACUUUAGCGAUCUGCAAUUCUACGCAGGUGACAAGGCUUCCUCUCUACCAGGCACCGAUGUGCUUCUUACAGCACGUCUUAGCGGCAACGCUUCCAGUCCAGGGGCACUCCGCAGCAACGGCGUCCCAGCAGCUUCAAAGACGGGCUGCUUGCCGUUGCUCCUCGUCGUGCUCCUCACAGCGCUUGUUCUUCACAUCUGUUGA